AUGACCGAGAAUCAAGAAUUUAUUACGCCAGCCGAUAGAUUCGAUAAUCCGUUGGAUAAGCCUUUAGCGAACGGCGCUGCUACUACAGACUCAAUUGACAAAGGCGCGAUGGCUAAAGCUGAAGGCGAAGAAGCUGCGGCUGCUUGGGGGUUGGAUGAUGAUAAGGGGAAGGGCAUCGUAGGCGAACCUGAUGCGAUCCCAGAUACAGCCGAAAAGUUAGAGAAUGGAUCCGCAGAUCAUAAGCCUGCUGAGGUGAAUGGCGACGGACACAAGGGUGAGGACGCGACGGUUGAGGAAGCAAAUGUUGAAAAACCAAAAGAUGAAGAGCCAGAUGCCGAGGGGCCAAAAGACGGUGAACCAGAGUCUAAAGAGCCAGAAGCCGAUGCCGAGGACCCCAAAAUCGAGGAACCAGAAUCAAAAAUUGAGGAUCCCAAAGACGAUAUCCCCGACACGAAAACCGAAGAUCCAUCUGAAGAGGAGAGGAAGCUUGCCCCGCCAGUCGACCUUGAUGUUCCAGACACUGCAGACACGAAGGAAUACAUACCCGAGGAGCCUGUCGUAAAGAAGGCUGAGGAGCCUGUCGCAGAUGAACAUGCGCCUAGCAAAUCAUUGGCAGAUGAGCUCGCAGCUGUUGAGGCAGCUGGUGAGGAAGAGGAGGAAGAAUCUCCAGUUGGAAAAGCGACUGUAGAGGAAUCCGAAGCCGAGAAACCAACAAGUGAGGAAGUUUCAACAGAAAACCCUGCUGGAGAGGAGCCUACCGAGCCAGCAUCAACUGAAGAGAAGACAGAGGUGCCUGCGCCUGAGGAAUCUGCUACCGCUGUGAAAGAAGUAACUGCCGAUGCUACAGCCCCGGUUGAAGAUGUGCCUGAAGCCAAAGCCGAGGAGCCUGAGGCUGUUCAGGAUGCACCGGCCCUAGAAACCACGGCUAUGGAGACGGCGCCUGAAGGAGACACAGUUUUAGAAGAGAAGACAACAACAGAGGCCCAGACAGUUCCUGAGGUCGAGGCAACCACAGAAACCGAAGCCGCCCCCGAACCUACAGCCGAACCAGCUCCAGAAGAGCCAGUUGUUCAGAAAAGACCAAUCAUGGAACCGCCAAAGCCUACAACCUUAGCCUCCCUCACGUCCACCGACAGAGACUUCACCUCCACAAGAUAUCAAUCCACGACGUCCCCACAAUUCCUCAAUAAGCCUCAUCAGGCGGCAAACCACUCCCUCGAUCUCGAUGACAGGAAUAUGCAAUCAUCUGUCAAUAACUGGUAUAAAAAGAUCUUUUCAUUCGCGGACUCUCUAAACUGGCGACCGGGUUGGGACCACCUCGAAGAAUUUGAUCACCUAGUCAAAUCAACCGAAGCCGCUCUAUCCCAAAUUUCCCUCCUUCCAGCUCAAGAGUGGUGGGCUGAGAAGCCGAAGGACAUAUCAAUUGACUGGGAUAAUAUUGAUGAAGCGGGUGCCAAGUAUGAGGAAUUUUGGGAAUGGAAGAGCAAGAUCGCGCUUUCUGGUAUCUUGGCGAACUUUGCAUGCAGGGAAAUCUUCGGCAAGACCGUAUUUGGAUUGGAUGAUAAGAUGACAAGGAAACUAGGCCUUGCCAUGUCGGUUUUCACCACGGAUUUCGGUGACGAUAUCACUGCGACGAAAUUCCGACACAUGACACUCAAGCUUCUCCAAGAAUCCAGGUCCUUCGGAAGCUCUAGUAGAAAGCAGCUCGUCAAAUUAUCCCAAGAGCUAGCCAACGUUCUCUCGCCGCUCACUCCAUUUUUCCCCGUUAAGGAACCUCAGACGGACGAAGAAAAGCAACAACAGGCUCAUUAUACGCCUUUGACCCUUGUCCUCUACGAAAAGGUCCUGCUUGCCACACAUACUUUACAUGACACUAUCCAGAAAGAUUACAAGUACUAUGCGCUGUUCCAUCCUGUUCCCGGCGUCGAGUUUGACGAGACAACCAUGGAGGAAUCGACAUUCCAGGGUAUCGGUGCUGGUAGGGGUGCGGUUUCCUUUGUUGCCAGACCAGGUCUUGCGAGGCUAGGGUUGCCUCGAGGUGGCGAACCCGAAGACAUCAUCAUCGUUCACAAGGCGCUUGUUGUCAGGGAAGAUGCCUUGGAAGAAGGGUUAAAACACUUUGAUCUGUCAAUCGACGAAACCGCCCCAGAGCCGCCAGCAGAAGAACCUUCAACGGAUGUUGCGCCGGCUGAGACAGUGCCCGCAGAGGAAGUCAAAGUCGAGUAA